CUCUCUCUCUCUCUCUCUCUCUCUCUCUCAUAUCAUAUUCCGCGUUCGACCGGCGAACCUCGCCUACAUCGAAGGUUAGGGUUUUGAUCUUUUCUCGUUUCCGACUUCUCCAGGCAGUUAUUUUUCAUCGCCUCACUCUGUCCGUCUUUCAGAUUUCCGCCUUGACUUUGUUCUCAUCUCAAUUUCUCUCUUCAACCGUCCCCCUAAACAUGAUCUGCUUUAUGAUUUUCUGAAUACGUUCGAUCUCCGUUGCCAUUGCUUUCGUAUUUAUAUCAAUCUUAGGCCAGGUUGAUUCAGUGUGUUCUCUUUUGAAAGAAAAUUUACCUUUGAAAAUGGUGCGUUCUGAGAGUCCGAACGAUUCUUCGCCACAAUUGGCGAAGAAGUACGGCAUCACAAAGCCAAUCUCUCUUGCCGGGCCCGCCGAGGCUGAUCUUCAUCGCAAUAUGGAACUGGACAAGUUCUUGAUUGAUUCGGGGCUGUAUGAGAGUAAGGAAGAAGCUGAGAGGAGAAAAGAGGUCCUGGACCGCAUUGAUCAGAUUGUAAAAGUUUGGGUCAAGCAGUUAACCCGCAAGAAAGGCUACACAGAUCAGAUGGUGGAGGAUGCAAAUGCUGUCAUUUUUACUUUUGGCUCUUAUCGUCUUGGGGUCCAUGGGCCAGGGGCUGACAUUGACACAUUGUGUGUGGGGCCAUCAUAUGUGAAUCGAGAUGAAGAUUUUUUUGUGGUUUUGCAUAAUAUUUUGGCUGGAAUGGAAGAAGUUACUGAGCUUCAGCCAGUUCCAGAUGCUCAUGUCCCAGUUAUGAAAUUCAAGUUCCUGGGAAUAUCGAUUGAUCUUCUCUAUGCGAGUGUAUCUCUUUUGGUAGUUCCAGAAGACUUGGACAUCUCGCAUGGAUCUGUGCUGUACAAUGUUGAUGAGCAAACUGUCCGAAGUCUUAAUGGCUGCAGGGUUGCAGAUCAAAUUCUUAAACUUGUUCCAAAUGUUGAGCACUUUCGCAUGACACUCAGAUGCUUGAAGUUUUGGGCUAAAAUGCGAGGUGUUUACUCAAACGUUACUGGAUUCCUUGGUGGCGUAAAUUGGGCUCUUUUGGUUGCUCGGGUGUGCCAGCUUUAUCCCAAUGCCAUUCCUAGUAUGCUGGUUGCUCGAUUCUUCAGAGUUUAUACACAAUGGCGUUGGCCGAACCCUGUGAUGUUAUGUUCAAUAGAAGAGAACGAACUUGGGUUUCCUGUAUGGCAUCCUCGCAAAAACCCUAGGGACCGACUUCAUCACAUGCCAAUAAUAACUCCUGCAUACCCUUGCAUGAAUUCUAGCUACAAUGUCUCAGGAAGUACUCUCCGUGUUAUGGUGGAGCAGUUCCACCAUGGUCAUAGGAUCUGUGAGGAUAUUGAACUGAACAAAGCCCAAUGGAGCACUCUAUUUGAGCCGUAUCUAUUCUUUGAAGCAUACAAAAACUAUUUGCAGGUGGAUGUAAUUGCGGCUAAUACUGAUGAUAUGCUAGCUUGGAAGGGAUGGGUGGAAUCUCGGUUUAGACAGCUUACCCUGAAGAUAGAGAGGGACACAGAUGGGAUGCUUCAGUGCCAUCCUUGUCCAAAUGAAUAUGUAGACAUGUCCAAGCCGUGUUCUCAUUGUGCUUUCUUCAUGGGCCUGCAGAGGAAAGAGGGUGUUAGAGGUCAAGAAGGCCAGCAAUUUGAUAUACGUGGAACAGUUGAUGAGUUCAGGCAAGAGAUCAAUAUGUACAUGUUUUGGAAACCAGGGAUGGAUAUUUUUGUUUCUCAUGUUCGUCGAAAGCAGCUCCCUGCUUUUGUUUUCCCUGAUGGUUAUAAACGUUCUCGAUUGUCAAGACACACGAGCCUGCAGGCUGAAAAAACUUGUGAAGAUGUUGUGGAGUGUCGGUCUGCGUUUAAGGAAAGGCAUCCCAAGAGGAAAAAUGAUCCUACAAUGAUGGAUGCGGAGCCCAGUAAUCCAAAUAAGCGAGUUUCUAUUAGGUUAGGGUGUUUAACAACUGGGGAUGUAGAUAUUAAUUCUGACGUUAGGUCUUGUGGUAAACAGUUGGGGAGCGAAGAGGAGGGUAUCAAACAAAAUCAUGUGCAGAAUGGUGAAACUGUUGUUGAUUACUCUGUCAGCCGAGCUGGGCAAACUUUUGUGAGUAAUAAUUUGCCAGAAGUUAGAGAUGAAGUACUUUUAACUGAUGGAGUGGAGAAACCUUCACCCAUGAAGGAGUUGCUCGCUUCAUAUGAGUUACCUAAUGCUGUAACUGAGGAAGCAUAUCAGAUUGGUCUGAAUGGGGACAAAGUCGGAGUAGCUUUCAUGUAACUAAAGCACUGGAGAAACCUGCAGCCAGGAAUGACUUACGCACUAAAGUACCUAAUUCUGUAAUUGGGGAAUGAGUCAAAUCGACUUAGAGUGAGGACAAAGUUGGGUAGCUUACGUGGAGAGUGCUGUGACUGGAUCUAACAGGAAACUGCUGAAUUGAACGAAACUGCUGAAAUGGAGGAAGAUGUUGAUCAAGAAUUACUCAAACCAUGAAAUCAGGCAAUUAAAUAAAAUGCUGAAAGUGGGCUUAAACUAAGUUGCAGUACUUGGAAACUCCGUUGCGAUGCGGUUAUGGGCAUCUUAGGGGAGAAAAAUGGAAGUUCUGGAGAUAAGUGGGGAGUCUUCAAUCAUUUCAGGACGAUGUAUGUGAUGCAGAUACUGAUUUGCUUUUGGCAAAUGGGCGUUUCAAUGCGAGCGGAGCAUUUCAAAAGGACUUGUCUCAGGACAUGGAGGUUCUGAAUCUAAACUUUCUGAUCCUUUUCCUAUCAAGUCUCCCCUCACCACCUCUUUUAUCCCUCCUUUUAUAUCUCUGUGGUUAUGUGGUUGGGUUACUGAUGGAGAGCAAGCCGGUGUGUAGGUUCCCAAUUCAUUUUAGACUUCUUAUGGAAUCCCUCCACUCUUCUUUUCUCUCUAUCUGAGUGGAUCAUUCAGGAGAGAGAAAGCUCGCUUGUGGGUUGUCAUUUGAUCUCCAUAUGCUGUUAUCGAAAUUAUUCUAUAGAAUUUUGCUUUUUUGUUUAAUUAUUUGAUAAUUCUAAUUUUUUGCACAGAAAAUCUCCCGACUGGUGCAUAUGUGGUGGCAGGUCCUGCACCACUAUACAUCAUGCUUACAGUAACCGUGCAUAGAGACAUUACACUCUCCUCUUGUUUCUGGUCUUUAAUAUGUUGUUGUGUGGGGCCUAACUUGUUCUUUUACCCCUGCUUUUGUCUUGUGUAGCCAAAUAUUGCACCCGAGAAUGUUGUAAAUUCCGAUGACAGGUAGAUCAGAUCUAUGAAAUAGCUGAUGACAAGGCAUGUUAUUCAAACUUUAGGUUUUUUUAAUGCAAAUCAUAAUAUCUUUAUACUGUGCUGUUUCUUGUGUACAACUCUUUUAUGCAGGUUUGGUCUCUUAGCAGCUUAAUGCUCAGAUGGUGACUAUAACUGAACGGGGGUUCCUUUCAAUGAAAGGAGAGAGCCAGCAUCUUGGUAAGUGACACAUCCAUUGCUGGCUUUCAUUAUGGUUUUUUCCAGGUGUGCAUUGUCUGCCUCUCGUGAGCUGAGAGCUGGGGUUAGCAAAGUGAAGACAUCCCAUAGCUUGGCAUGGAUUUCUACGUUUCACUGUGCUGCUGAAUGCUGUUGAAGCCAAGAGCACCGCUGAAUGCUAUUAUAAAAAGCAAACUGGUGCUUUGAAGUCUGGUCUCCGUUUUCUACUUUUGCCGGUGGAUGUGAUGAUGAAAGAACUCCUUUUAACUGGGACGAAAUUUUUUUUUAUUUUUUUGGGGGGAGGGGGUGGGGUGGUCUAUUUUUACCACCCUAAACUAUUGUAGUUUGUGGGCUUUCUUCCCCCUUGAGAUAAACCUUGUAGGUUCUAGAGAUGAUUUAUUGUAACAAGAAUUUUGUUGAACC